ACUUUAAUCCAUUAUUUCGAUAACCAUCAUUACUGCCCAGUUUUUACCAGCUCAUUUAUACCUUAAUUAUUAUCUAGACAACAACGUGAGGUAUUUUUUGACGAUCUAGAUUCUAGAGCAAAGAGAACUCGUUGAUGUGGAUGUCUUCUUGAGCAUCUUCACAACAGAUGUAGAGCAUCGCAUCCCACCCAACGCCAAGUGUGAAAAUAUGCAAAUGUUGGGGUAAAACAACGGUCCACAAAUAAGACAUUGCCGAUAGUUUUGUCCCCUGCACCACCGGCGAGAUGAGCUCGGACUCUGAUGAUUCCCUGACGGAGGCGGGGCCGGACGAGGAGAAGCCCUUCGUUGAGCAGAUAGACAUCGCGGAGCUGGAUAUCGAGGAGGUGGUUGGAAGAGGUGCUUUUGGUAUGGUGAGUAAAGCACGAUGGCGUGGCAUGACCGUGGCAGUCAAGCUCAUCGAGAGUGAGUCUGAGAGAAGAGCCUUUGCUGUGGAGGUACGGCAGCUGUCCAGAGUGAGCCAUCCAAACAUUGUCAGACUUCAUGGAGCUUGCAUAUCUGAAAGGGUGUGGUGCUUAGUAAUGGAGUAUGCAGAAGGCGGAUCCUUGUACAAUGUGCUGCAUGGUAGUGAGGUGACCCAGCCUAUCUACACAGCAGCUAAUGCCAUGAGCUGGUGUCUACAGUGUGCCCAGGGUGUGGCCUACCUACAUGGCAUGAAGCCCAAGGCACUCAUACACAGGGACCUCAAGCCUCCCAACUUGCUGUUAAUGGAAGGUGGUACACUACUGAAGAUCUGUGACUUUGGCACCGCCUGUGACAUCCAGACACACAUGACCAACAACAAGGGCAGUGCGGCAUGGAUGGCUCCUGAGGUGUUUGAAGGAAGCCUGUACAGUGAGAAGUGUGAUGUGUUCAGCUGGGGCAUCAUCCUGUGGGAGGUCAUCACACGGAGGAAACCCUUUGAUGAAGUCGGUGGCCCCGCCUUCCGUAUCAUGUGGGCUGUGCAUAACGGCACCAGACCACCCCUUGUGAAGGGACUACCCAAACCUAUAGAAAACCUAAUGACAAGAUGUUGGAGUAAAGACCCAAACCAGAGACCAGCCAUGGAGGAGGUGGUACGAAUCAUGGCUCAUCUCAUGCAGUUCUUCCCUGGUGAAGACGAACCCAUCAUCUAUCCAUCCAAGGAAGGAACCCCCCAGAUGCAGAGCAGAUCCUCCAGUAUCAACAGUAUUAUCGACGUGCUGCCGCCAGAGCGGGCCGGAGCGUCCGAGUCUCGUACCAGUACUCUGAGCGACACAGUGUGGCGAUCAGAACAUACCUCCCCCAUCACACCCUCCACCAUCAGGGCUGUACCACAGCAGGACAGCCCAAUGAGAAGCCAUCCUUCUUCCAGGAAUGCCAGUAGGGAGAAUCUGGACUCAAUCGAGGGUAGGCGCAGCUCCAACCCCACCGUUGAGGCAAAACGGUUGUCAGCUGACCUGGGAGUUCUGAUGGAGAAGGGAGGGCAGGAUAUGCCCAGUGCCCGACCUGCAUGGCAAACUCACCGCCGCGUGAGAUCCCACGGAACCAUACUUGACAUGAUAGUUCCGCAAGGAUCGUCCGGCCAACCGUCGGCGAAACCUGCAGUUCCAGGUCAGCCUGAGGGGCUCCAUCGGGCUUCAUCCCAAGGUCACCUUCAGCCCGCUGCUGUAGAUAAAGAACGCCAGUCUCCUAGCAACAGUAACCAGGGAAGGCCGCUCCACGGCGCCAGCCCAGCCUGGCACGAGGGGUCCAGUCAGGGGCAGCUGCCUGUUAGGAGUGUGUCGUGGACAGCAGACGCCACCCCCAGCAAAGAAGAGGCCAAUGACAGCUCCUUGCCCAUAGCAUACCUGACAUUGGAACAUCACUUGCAGCCUCUGGCUCCUUGCUCAACAUCAAAUGAAUCCAUGGCCAUCUUUCAACAACAUUGUGAAAUGGCUGAGGACUACCUGCGUGUGCAGACGGAGCUGGCCCUGUUGUUGCAGCGCCGCGAGGAGCUUGUGAAGGAGCUGGAUGCAGACGAGAAGGAGCAGGUGAACAGUCUCAGACUGAUGGAGGAACACCAGAGCCUCAUCAGGGAAAAUGAGAGUCUCCAGGCCUUCCAUCGCAAGUGCAAGAACCAGCUGGACAUGAUCCGAGCCCAGCUGCAGAAACGACACGCUGCUGCCAAGUAACCAGAAACAACUCACAGGUUUUACGACUGAUACAAAUUCUUACUUCUGUUGGUUUCUUUGCUUGUUGAUCGUCAUUCAAAGACAGAGACCUAAAUAGGCUGAAUUAAAGAUAAAUGUAGUAUACGAAACAAUGGAGGCACAGCAUCACAGAUACAACUGCCAACUUAUUUAGCUUUUCUGGGAGGUGUGCAUAAAUAUGAAGGCACAUGUACCUGGCUGACAAGACAGACAGUAUAGUUUCAUGGGUUUGGGGUUUGCUUGUAAAUAUCUGCAGUCCUUUUAGAAAUAUGUAAAUAUAUUAAGAUUGUUCUGUCUCUUCAGUACUUAAGUUUAAAGGAAAUGUUUCUUUUGAGGAAGUCACAGUUGUGUCCCAAAUUGUCAUCCAUUUUUGCUCGUUGUCGAGGAUGUACCUUUUUAUGUUUUUAGAAAUACAUGUAUGGCAUACAUUUAUGACAGUCAAGUAAAAAAACAUUCUGAUUUUUCUCUUAAUGUCAAGCAAUGAUGUUUACUCAUUCUAGUGUAUGGGAUGAUUUUAAUUGAAGCGUUAGGACUGAAGGCGCUCAGAAACUAAGGAAUGAAUUGGUGUUUCUUUGAUCUGAUGCAAUAAAUGAUAGGAGUAGAUGUCUCA